CGUAUGACCUAAUUGAGUCAGACAACGACGACGUGUUUAGUGUAUUUACCUGUAUAUAUGUGUACUUGGCUAUACCCGGAUAGGUACAAUGGACAUGUGCAGUACAUAACAGUCUAUGAUUAAUUACGGAUGACACUAUAGUAACUACAUGGACGUGGAAAAGACUAAAACUUCAAAAAUUAUCAAAUAUUUAAGAUGGCGGUAGGGAACAGUUCUACUGAUAUAAGGUUUUUUUUCAAAAUGAACAUGUGUGCAGUCUAGGUAGAUAUACGAACUUCCUGUGAGCGCUCGUUAGACUUCAACACUGAGAACAGGUAUACAAAGAAGAUGGCCGCUGUUGGAGGGAAACUGGCAGGCAAAGUGUGUAUAGUGACGGGGGCGACUCGAGGGAUCGGGAAGGGGAUAGCUUUACAGCUGGGCGAGGCUGGAGCUACUGUCUAUAUCACAGGUAGGACGUUAGUAGCUGCCAAGGACGAUGAGGUGGGAGGAUCUCUCACUGACACAGCCAGACAGAUAAAGGAGAGAGGAGGGAAAUGUAUACCUGUACAAUGUGACCAUACCAAGGAUGAAGAGAUACAACAGCUGUUUGACAAAGUUAAGAGGGAACAGGAUGGCCAGUUAGAUAUCCUCGUGAACAACGCCUACAAUGCUGUCAAGGCGAUCAAUGACAACAUGAAUGUGCCGUUUUGGGAACAUCCAAUGGAUAUGUGGGACACUGUCAAUAAUGUGGGACUGAGAAACCAUUAUUUGUGUACUGCCCACGCUGCUAGGAUGAUGGUACCGAGGAAAAGGGGACUCAUUGUGAAUAUAUCAUCCUUUGCUGGACUAACGUAUUUCUUUAACGUGCCUUACGGUAUUGGCAAAGAGGCUUGUGACAGAAUGGUGGCAGAUUGUGCGGUAGAGCUGAAGAAACACAAUGUAGCUAUGAUCAGUCUGUGGCCAGGGCCAGUGAUGACAGAACAGGUCACUUACUAUCUCAGUCAAAAUAAAUUGGAUGUUGUGGGAGGUAUCAAUAUCAAGGAAACAUUUGAUGAUGCAGAAUCCAUAGAAUAUCCGGGAAAAGCUGUGGUCUGUCUGGGAUCAGAUCCAAACAUCAUGAAAAAGACAGGAAGGAUUCAGUUAACAGCUGAUCUAGGAUACGAAUAUGGCUUCAAGGACAUUGAUGGCCGGGAGAAGGUCUCCCUGAGAAACCUAAAGCAUUCCAUGAUGAUCUCCCCAAAGACUCGAUGGAUCGGCAGGCUAACGCCGGGUUUUAUAUACAUCCCAAAAUGGCUAUUAGCUCUAACAGGAAACAAAUUCUGAGUUGUGUUUGUAUUAUUAUGUCAACAAUGAAACUUUGUCACCUGGUCAGUAAUAAAUGUGCUCCAAGUAUUACAGACUGCAGGUGUUCAAGGCAAUUUACACAUUUCUCAAUACCCUACGCUCACCAGCAUAUCUAAUGUGAGCACUGGUGAUUUCUCUUUUGUAUUCACUUUUUGAAGUAGCUAUACACUUUUUUAGUUUUUAUAUUUUUGUCUUAAAUCCUGUGCAUUUUUUUUUAUAUCUUCUAAUCCACUACACAUAUGAACCUGUGCAUGUAUAAUCGUAUUGGAUUGGUAGAGAUUGUAAAGGCCAUUGCGUGUUUAUUAUUCCAGGCUACUGCACGUGCUCACGGAGUAUACAAGUUGGCGAGGGUCAGCUAUAGAUAGAGGAGCGAGUGUAUUUAAUAGUAUAAAUGUCUACAAUAUUUCGUUCGUUUUUUUUUACAUAGCAUAUUAGAUGGUUUUACACAAGGCAGGAUGUAUUUAUAGAAAGCAGGUCCCAUGUGUUAAAUGUUAAUUUUCCCCAUCCAACCACGUUUGCCAGAUGUUGAAAUAUAAGUUUCAAAUGUUCUCUUGCAAGUGAUCAAUCGGGUGCCAAAAUCAUAGUGAUUGUUGGUGGUAGACAUUGCAUGCCACAUUUUAAUUCCCUUUAAUAGCUGCACAGUUCUCACAUGUGCUUGGCGUUCUUUUGAAAUCCAAUAUUGUCCAUUAUGAUUUCAUUGAAUUAUGUGAUUAAUGCGUAUCUUCAUCCAGAUUUUGACAUUUUUUACGACCUACAUAUGUGUAUAAUAUUUCAAUUUCUACUCAAGUUGGACUCAACGAAAC